GCCCUUAGCAACGCACCUGGGCUUCCUUAGCGACGGGCGCCGAGGCGCGAGUGGGAACCGGGAACCGGGAAUCAGGAACGGGAACAGACCCAGACCCCGGGGACCUGCGGGCUGAUUCUGUCUCACAAUGAGUCAGUUUGUCAGUAAUAUUGAGCCAAACAUUAUUGAUGAUGAAAUGGUUCAGAAAGCCAUCGAAGAGAAGUGUCCAGAGGACCUUGGAGAUAUUGCCAGAAGGGAAAUCACUAACUGGAAGGUUGUGACAGAGCUACAACUUAGUUUUAAAAGCAUCCUGCAGAUUGAUAAUCUGUGGCCAUUAGAGAAUCUGACUAAGCUGCAGCUGGACAACAACUUCAUUGAGAAGAUAGAAGGUCUGCAGAGUCUGGUUCACCUUGUAUGGCUUGACCUGUCCUUCAACAAUAUUGAAGUAAUUGAGGGCCUGGAUACUCUUGUCAAGCUUCAGGACCUUAGUCUCUACAGUAACAGAAUAUCUAAAAUUGAGCACAUGGACACAUUGCAAGAGCUGCAGAUUUUCUCCAUAGGGAAGAAUAAUCUGACCAUUCUGGAAGAUGUUGUCUGCCUCAGGAGGUUAAAAAGCUUACGGACACUGAACCUCAGUGGGAAUCCUUUCUGCAGAGAGGAGCACUACACACUGUUUGUUGUUGCUCAUCUUCCAAACUUGGUCUACUUGGACUUCAAGCUGGUGAGAGGCUCCACGAGAAAAGUUGCAGCUUUAAAGUAUCGAGAUCUUACUAAGCCAUUGGAACAAGAGGAGGCUCAGGUCCUUGCUCUGCAGGAGACACAAGAGGCAAAGCAGAAGGAGCUGGACUACCACCAGACAGCCUUUGUUGAGUACCUGAAUGGAUCAUUCCUGUUUGACAGUCUGUAUGAAGAGGAUAGAGAUGCUGCCAAACUGGCUUUCCUCCCUGGAGUGGAGGACCUGCUGCAGGCAUACAAGGAGGAGUUUGUCUCAGUUUGUGUGAAUCUGUUUAACUAUGGACUGGAAGAGUAUGAAAAACGAGAAGCUGAAGUCUCUAAAUUCUACAAAAGGUACCAUGAAAUUCUGACAGUCAACCAGGAAGAAAGCAAGAGGAUAAUCUCAGACUUCGAGAGUCAGAACCAAAGGAGGCUGGAUGAGCUUUAUCAGGCUGGGAGUGGCGACCUUGCUGAGUCUGAAGUAGCCCAGGGCAAGGAGGAGAUCCGUCAGCUCUGGGAUGCACUCAUGACCUUGGAAGCGCUGGUGUCCAACGACCUGGAGGAACUGCUACAGGAUUUUAAAAGAAGCAUCGAUGUCAUAGCAUCAACAUUCACUGAAAGCAUUCAAGGGAUAUUUAACCAGUGCCGGGAUCUGGAAAAUGAACACCAUAAAAAGCUGAUGAAGAUUGUCAUCGCCACCCAGGAGAAACUGGACAUGGAUCCCUUUGAUGACAGUUUGCCAGAGGAUGUUCAAAGGCUCUUCGACGACAAAAAGACCAUUGUGAACAUCGUCAAUAUGGCCCACAGCAUCCGCCUGCGGAAGAUUGAUAAGCGAGAGAGCGACAUGCUCUGCAACAUCUACCAGUGGCAGAUCUCAGCGACAGAGAAGGCUUUCCAAACUGAGAACGACAGAAACCGCGCCUGUAUCGGAAAGAUCCUUUGCUUCAUCAACACUCUGCAGAAGGAGCUGGAUAAUGCAGUGAGCCUGAAUCCUAAGGAAUAGGGCUGGGGGCUACCUCAGCUGGGGCACACAGGACAGCCCCCAGCAGGAACAGCUGCCUCUCUAUGCCCAAGUUGCCUGGGACAUUUCAGACCAAAUGCAUAUUUCUUCCAUCCUACCAUAAACUGCAAAUAAAAGCUCCUUCUUGACUCUGGAAAAGCAUCCGAAGCCCUGUCUCUUCCAUCACAUUGGCACAAAGCCCGUGCAGACAACUCAGACCUGGUCACAAGGGGUUAUGGAUCAGCUGUGAGCUGAUUGAACCAAAUCAUCGUAGCAUAUCAUGCCUGAAAGCUUCAGUACCUGCGAGCUCAGUGGCAGGAACCUGUGAGCCACUGGCACGAGGCAGCAGCUCGGGAGAGGAGCGCUCUCCAUCAAACCACCCCCGAGAUAACAGCAGGUUUCCAGCUCAGCAAGCACAAGGCUGGUGGGGGCUCCGUAUGCCUGGGAGCCUCAUCUUCUCACCCCUUCUCACAAGCGGCUUUCUGCAGCGUGAGCAGAGCAGCCCCCAGCCAGCAGGAAGGGAAAUCAAUGGUUCCACAGGAGCUCACGCGCCGCCGCUCGCGACAGCCAAGCGAGGAGUCAUUAAUUCCCCUCCUUGCUCGGUGACAGCCGCUGCCACGCUCGCUUGUGGGCAGCGUCUGAGGAACGCUGCUGGCCGGGGCGGGGCUGCUCCAGGCAGGCAGCAAGAAGGUGGGAAGGUUAAACGAGAGGGUGGCUGUGUGUGCACGCCAGGGACAGAGCAGGACACAGAAAACCCUGUGGCCGGUGCUGCCUGUCAAACACAGAUUCAGCUCAUCGUGCUCUGUGCUUCUGAACAUGGCCGGAGCCCAGGUUUUACCCCUCUUGCUCCAGGAGUAUCCAGUUGUCUCCUUGCUAUCACUUCAGCUUCAUGGAGCAGUUCACACAGAAGUUAAUGUCUGCUCUGGUCUAUGAUUUUUAAUACUUGGAGCCAUCCCAGCACCUUCCCAUAACCUGGUAGCAUAGGACCACCCCACAGUUUGGUGACUGAAACAAAGACACACAGCUUUUGGUACCUCACAGGGGCGAGUCUUUAAUGGAACACAGAGACCCUGGUGUUACAGACAGGCACGCCGAGGGAUGAACAACAGAUGCAGUGGAGUCUGUUUUCAGAUUUCCAUAACAAGUGUGUGUCAGGAGCUGGCAGCUAUGAAGACAUGUGGCAUAUGCUGGGUAUGUCUGUGCCGUGCCCUGCCCAGGAAGCUGUUUCUUCUGUGGAGCUCCUCUGAUGAGUUACAGACACCAGGAAAGGCUGGAACUGCUGGCUUGGGGAUUCAGAGGAAACUCACCUUGACCUUUCCUCCUUGUGUGCUGCACUGCAGCAGGCAAUCCAAGUGAAGAGCUGCCCACAAAACCACAGCACAUGAAGCUGAUCCCAGGAAAAGUGGAAUGGCAGGAAGGCGGCUACCAUCCACUGGGUCAGGCCAGCAAAUCCCAGCUGGACAUUUUCUUUCUGUGCCGUGCCCUGCCCAGCUGCCUCAGUCCUGCAACAGCUUGUGUUUUACAGUGGAGCUCUCUGAGCAGAGGUGAACAAAGAGAGUCCCAGCUGCUGUGCGAGCGCGCAGCUCACACAGGUCAUAGUCGUGGGCCCACUCCACGUUGCCCCAGCGCCGAAUCUGAAGGAGAGGAGGAACAUGGAUUACAUUCAAAUCACCUCAGCAACUCUCAGCUUCCCUUCUCAUGUUUGUGAAGCACAGGUAACCCCUCCCAGGAACUGAGAUGAUCCUCGACUGCUGAGGCAGGGAUAUCUCGAGAUGAGGAUGUGCUUCAUCUGAACUGAGGUCUGAAGCAAAGCCUCUUAACAGGAGGAUGAAAAGAUUUUCAACUUCAACCACUUUUGGGACAAGGAGAGCUUCACACCAAGCUAAUUUCUAGCAAGCUUGAUAUCUUGGUGUCUAUCAAAGCCUCCAGACUGGAUAACCCUCAGCAGGAGAAGCCAGCCACAACUUUGCACUUCAGAUUAGAGAGGGAGAAAAGCAGCCAUCUGGGCUCUGUGAAAAGAAACUGGCAGCCCUGGGAGCACUCUGGGCUGGUGUGCCCAUGGUGUUGCUCUGCAGCAGCACGCUCCAAACGCUCUCAGACAGGGAGACUGGUGGAGUGGAACGUCUCCUGCUACAGCAGGCACUUCCCUUGCCAGUUAUUUGUGGUGGGGGAUGCAUUUGUCAUGCUGAGAUUAUUGCUAUUUGAAUUAUAGGGCUGUUUUGUAACAUAAUUUACCUGGUAUUCUUCCUCCAGGCGAGACAGAAGCACAGCUUUCUCUACUGUAAUGUGCCUGUCAAUCAGGCUCAUGGACAGAAUCAGCGAUUUCAGCUGGGUGAUUACAAAUUCUAUACCUGGAAGGGAAUAACCCAAACCAAACAAGAUUCAUAGAUGGUUUCUGCAGCAUUACAGCAGCAUCUUCACAUGCUCUGAAGGGACAGGCAGGCUGUGGUACCCCCUCGGGGAGGGCCAGUGAUCCUCCCACCUGCACCUGGGCACUCAGAUCUGUUAACAGCAGGCACAGAGCACUGUGCUGACCCUGCCACCACAGUGACAAAGGCCAAGCCACCUCCUUUUAUUCUGUCACAACCCUUCCCUGUGCAAAGCAAAGAAAUAUCCAUCCAGG